AUGCAGAAGCGAGCGAUUCGGUAUCCUUCCGAUUCACGUGGACCCCAUCCCUUCGCCGAGUCCCCCGCCGCCGUGCGCCCCUCCGAGGAGGCCUCCGCCGCGCGCCCCUCUGCGCCGCUCGUCGCCGCGCGCCCCUCCGCAGCCCACACCUUCACCAAGCUCGCCGCCGCUUCGCGAAGCUCGACGCCGAGCGUGCCGCCGCCGCCCGCCCCUCCGCGAAGCUCGACCGCCGCCUGCUCCUCGCAGCCGGCCGUGCCCCGCCCGCUCGCCCUCCGACCGCGCACCCUCGGCCUGUUCGCCACGCACCCGCUCGCCCUCCGGUCGCCGCGCUCCGCCCGCGAGCCGCGCACCCGUACUGUACUGCACUCCCUUCUGCAAGCUGAAGCUGCUGUUGAUCAGUUGAGCUUCUAA